AUGAAGAAUCGUACUCCAGCGUCGUUACGUGCCGCAAAUUCAGACUCGUUGAAUGGAACUUCAUCUAAUGCUCAAAGUGGUGAAAGUUAGUUUAAACUCGUCAUAUUACUACUGUAAUCAGUUUUAUAUUAUGAUAUUUUAAAAAAUUUGCUUUUUUUGAUUGCACCGUGCAGUCUCUUGAAAUUGCACGGUGCAAUUCUCUUUUUGCCAUUUCUAACCACUUACAAUUGAUACAAUAUUGUUUGUCGUAACAUAAAGUUACUGUAUGUUCUAAAGAAACCUUUUUCAGCAUUCAGCAUGUCAGACUUAUUCUCGGGCCUGGCCAGCUUCACUAAACAAGUCUCAAGCACAUUGAAUAGCUAUGAGAUUCGAAAGUUGGCUGAUAAAGCGUGAGUCUUUAAUUAUUUUUUGAAGUUUUUUGAUUUUUAGGUAACUAAGUAUGUGAAGAAUGAUGUGAAACACGGUUUGGGAGACUAAUUAGGGAGUGAAGGGAUAUGGAAUAGUUUUAGGACAUUAAGUAUGAGUAGGUAUAUCUGAAGAUCAAAGCUGGGUUUUUGGACUAAAUUAUUGAAAAAAGCUGUCUGAUUUUUGGCUUUUUAGGUAACAAAGAGUCUAAAGCAGAUAUAAAAUGAAUUUGUGAUACGUAAAACUUAUGUUAUUUGAGUCAAAACGUUUAUUUAUUAUAUUAAUUAUGAUCAAGUAGAUCAUAACCCCGAAAAACAUCUUUUCACUAUAAAACCCGUGCCAUUUUCAGUCAAGGAUAUGUUUUAAACUUUACGGAGGUGGAGUUGAAGGUACGAGAAGCGACGAAUGAAGAUCCAUGGGGACCAACAGGACCACAAAUUCAAGAAAUUGCUCAGUUAACCCAUCAAUACGACGCCUUCCCUGAAGUUAUGGGCAUGAUCUGGAAACGAAUGCUCCAGGAUAAUAAACUGGCAUGGAGACGGGUUUAUAAGGUAUGUUGUGGAAGGUGUCUUGUCUUGUGAUAUUGUGGUAGUUUAAAAGUUAUGAAGGGUUUUGCAUGGUGAAGUCGGAUAAAAUUGGGCUGAAAGUUUUAGUCUAAUAAAUGACUUUACUGUGCCGUUGUUAAACGAUUUUCAUGACGAAAAUAGCUUUUUUAAAUUUCUAGUCACUCAUGCUCCUACAAGGACUACUCAAACUUGGAAAUGAACGUACAAUCGCAAACGCCAGAGAUCAUUUGUUUGAAAUGCGAUCACUGGAACAUUACAAAUGUGUAGAUGAACGAGGACGUGAUCAAGGUGUUAACAGUGAGUUUUUUAUUUGUUUUCUGAUUUUUAGGACACUCCAACGUAGCUUUGAACCUGGAUUUCCAUUUUUAAUUUUUGAGAAGUUUGUUGCCUAAAAAUGGUUUUUUUUUUACUUUGAAGCAACUCAGAUAAAGGUUACACAUCUGGAAAAUCCGAAAAAAAUGAAAAUUUUUGCAAUUUUCAGUCCGUCACAGAGUGAAACAGAUUAUCGAGCUCUUGCAAGACGACGAAAUGUUAAUGGAAGAACGACGAAAAGCGCGCGGAGAAAACAAGGACAAGUAUCAAGGCUACUCGAAGGAAGAUAUGAUGAUGAGAGGAGGCAUGAGCUCAUCUAGGUCAGACAACUUUGACUCAUGGGACAAGAAGUCGUCUAGCGGAUUCAGCCGCAAAGACAAAUUUGACGAUCUACCGUGAGUUUUUCUUUUCUUUUUGUUGUUUGUCGAAGGGAAAAUGAUUUUUUGGUCGAAUAAUUGAAGAGCAAGACGAUCUAGAUAAAACAAAAAGGGAGCUUGAUAGUACCAGAUCAUGUGGGCCUGAGGGUCAACCUAAGUUAAGGUCUCAGAGACCAGCUUGUGUCCUACAACGAAAGAUUUGUUUUGCAAAAGGCUAAACGAAUUUGAUUUUAAAGUCAUUUACUUAAGCAUAGGCUUAAAAGUGGGCCGGGGUAAGCCUAAGCCAUUUUGAAAGGGGCUGGGUCGGCAUAGGUGGUCUUGAAGGCCAGGGCAUAAAAUUAGUCUAGGCCACUAUACUGCUCUAGCUAUACCUAUAUUACUUUUACAAUUGUUUGUUUAGUGAACCAAAAUCAUCGCGCGAAGUAAAUGCUUUCGACUUUGACGAUGGAAGACAACGAAAUUCGUCGCCGGAACUUGGAAUUCCAGAUGUAAGUACGAUCUGAUUUUGUAACUCUUGGCUUAAAACUUUUAUUUUUGCUUUGUUUGUAAGCUUUGUAUGAUAUUUUAAUAAUUUUAUACAAUUUGAAAUGAUUAUGACAUAUGUGUCUUAGUGGCUCAGGGGUAGUGAGUUAGGCUUUGAAAUAAAAUCAUAAAGGUUCGGUCUCGGUCAGGGAAAAUGUGAUUUUUUGGUUAAAGUGGAAGAAGCGUCGGUUUUUAAAUGUUAUUUUAUGUGUUUACGAUCUUGUAUUUUUGCAGAAAGUUGUUUUAAUUUAGUGAAAAUGCAAGGUUUUAUUUUUUUUGUAUGCUAUUUUUACCAUUUUGAAGGGAUAAUUUUAUAUUUGGAUACUUUUUUUUGGCUUUUUAACGAUUUUUAUGUAAGCUUACAUGCGUAUAAUGUUUAGAAAUGAAUUUUUGUUAAGUUUUUUUAUUUUAAACUUAAUUUUUUAUAAAUUUUUCAGCACAGUCAAAUGCAACAACAUCAAGAAGACGAUGAAUUUGGCGAUUUUGCGGAUGCUAGAGGCAACUCAAACGCCAAUAACGCUCAAUCAUCCGCCUACAACACCCUCGGCCUAACCCGAGCCUCAGCACCAAACACUGACUUUUUUGGUGCCCCAGUUCAAGCACCAGCACCAUCGGCUCACAACAGGCCAAAACCACCAAGUGGUUCGUCUAGUCCUGUUCAAAAAGAAGGCAAUUUGUUUGACUUGGACUUUGGUGCACCGGCUGGAAAUGGUACUAGCGCUAACAAUAGUAAUGGUACUAAUGGAAAUAGUGGUGGCCUAGAUGGACUAUUGGGUGGUCAAAGCGGAACUUUUGGUGCUCCGGCUGGAUCAGGUGGUUUUGGUGUUUCAAGUGCACCAGUUGGACAAUCUGUGUCAAACAAUGCUGGUUUCGACAUUUUUGGAUCAGCACCAGUACAACAACAGAAUGUUGGUCAGGCUAGUGCACCAGCUCAACAAAGCCAAGGCGUGGAUUUGUUUGGAGAUUUCAGCUCUCCAGUUCAAAGCCCUGUUCAUCAGCCUCAGGGUAAAACUAUUGGAUUUGGGUAAGAAAGUUUUUGAAAAGUUUUAAAAAGUUGAGAUUCAAAAUUUUUAAAAAUCGAAGUUUUUAAUUUUAAAAUGUUUAAAUUUAAAAUGUGAUUUGAAAUCAAUAAUUUUAUAAUAUUCAGUCAAUCCAACGACUUUGAUGACAUUUUCGGAAACAUGAGCUCAGCACCAGCUGUACCGGUCGCUCAACCACAGCCAGUCGCUCAAAAAACCUCUACUGCGGGUAACGGUGUAAAUACAAACGGAAAUACGAAUACAAAUGAUGCAUGGUCUUUUAUGGAGAAACAGUAAGCUUUGUUUUUAAAUUUUAAAUUUGUUUUUGAGUAAUAUAGACAACAGGUUUUGAGUUAUGCACAGUUUUGGGCAUAUAGCAGGGCAUGGAACUGAAAUGUACGGGCCAGGACAGGAAAAUUUUCAAUGCCCUAUGCAGUGUGCAAGCCUGAUUAUGAAAUGUUAUGUUAAUAUAGGUAGUUUGAGGAGUUGGUAUGGAUAAUAUAAUGACGUUUUGAUGGCUCAGAGCUAGAUUUUAAAGUUUUUAUUGAUUUCAUGAUACUUGUAAUAGUACAGAAUAACAUAAUGAUCUAGGACAUGAUUGGUAUUGGCAUUAAAUGUUGAGUUUUUACGCGUUUUCUUAACAUAGCUUUGUCUCAUGGGUCAAGGAUAAUAUAAGGGGUUUUAGUCGUAUAGGAGCAUAAAGCUUUGUGUUUUAUAGUUGUAUGACAUUUUAAAGCUUGCUGUGAUGGUUUUAAAUGUAAUUUAACACGAUUUAAGGUUUUAGUUUUUGAGUUAUGAGCCGUUAUAUGCAAUUUUAUUUCCUUUUUAAGGGGCUUAGAAGUAUUUUUACAGUAGCUUGAAUUUUGUUUUGGCAUGAACUAUAGAGUUAUAAUAAAUUAUAUUAACGUAGGCCAGUUUAUGAGAUUCAUGGAUAAUAUGCUUAGAUUUAAAGAUCUUGUUGGUUUUUCAGUUUUUUAUAUUGUUAAAAAAGCUUUAAUAAGUAAUUUACAUGUUUCUGCAAAAUGUUUCUUUAAGUUUCUAUUUAAAUUUUUUCUUAACUUUAUAUUAUUUUAGAUUGGACGGCUUGACCCUAGGUGCCGCAGCCCAAAAGAAAGCUCCAACGAUGAACGAAAUGAUGCGACGCUGA